CCGCCGAGCGAGGCGCCAGCCCGUGGGUGCUGCCGGGGGCGGCGGCGCGGUGGGGGCGCCCGCAGCUGGCGGCGGCGCGGGCCGCGGCGCGGGGCUCGCGGCGGGGGGCGAAGGUGAGCGCCGGAACGCGGAGGGCUGGUGCGGCUCACGGCGCCGGGCCCCGUUCCCCGUCCGCGGCGGCCCUGCAGGCGACCCCGCGUCCCCACCGGCGGGAGCUCGGGGAGGAGCGGGCGGCGGCGCUGCUGCUGGCGGCGGCCGGCUGGAUGCGAGACCCGCGCAGACCCGGCGGCGGACGGCGGCUCUCGACUCUGGAGAGCGGCUCGCGGAGCGCAGGAGCCGGAUCGCGCUGGCCAUGGCCUCCAACUUUAACGACAUAGUCAAGCAGGGCUACGUGAAAAUCCGCAGCAGGAAGCUAGGGAUUUUCAGACGAUGCUGGUUGGUUUUCAAGAAGGCUUCUAGCAAAGGACCCAGAAGGUUAGAAAAAUUUCCAGAUGAAAAGGCAGCUUAUUUCAGAAACUUUCAUAAGGUAACUGAACUGCACAAUAUCAAAAAUAUAACCAGACUGCCCCGAGAGACAAAGAAGCAUGCAGUGGCAAUUAUCUUUCACGAUGAAACGUCGAAGACAUUUGCCUGUGAGUCAGAGCUGGAGGCCGAGGAGUGGUGCAAGCACCUCUGCAUGGAGUGUCUGGGGACCAGGCUCAAUGACAUCAGCCUUGGGGAGCCGGACCUUCUGGCAGCAGGAGUCCAGCGGGAACAGAAUGAGCGAUUCAAUGUGUAUCUUAUGCCUACGCCAAAUCUGGAUAUUUAUGGUGAAUGCACAAUGCAGAUCACUCAUGAAAAUAUCUAUCUCUGGGAUAUCCACAAUGCCAAGGUCAAACUGGUGAUGUGGCCUCUCAGCUCACUGAGGAGAUAUGGUCGGGACUCAACGUGGUUCACAUUUGAGUCAGGAAGAAUGUGUGACACAGGAGAAGGACUAUUCACUUUUCAAACGAGGGAAGGAGAAAUGAUCUAUCAGAAGGUCCAUUCUGCAACAUUGGCCAUAGCUGAGCAACAUGAAAGAUUAAUGCUAGAAAUGGAGCAGAAGGCCCGGCUUCAGACAAGCUUGACUGAACCAAUGACAUUAUCCAAAUCAAUAUCUCUUCCUCGCAGCGCGUACUGGCAUCACAUCACUCGUCAGAACAGCGUUGGUGAGAUCUACAGUUUGCAAGGUCAUGGGUUUGGUUCGUCAAAGAUGUCUCGUGCACAGACAUUUCCCAGCUACGCCCCAGAACAGAGUGAAGAGGCCCAGCAGCCGUUGUCGCGGUCCAGCAGCUAUGGCUUCAGCUACAGCUCCAGCCUCAUCCAAUGACACACAGAGAGCCGCUGCUGACUAGAGAGACAGUCUGUCCUGGACCCGUCUGUGGGGUCAUUGCACCCUCUGCCUCCUGGAAGACCGAUUGCAGUACAAAUUGAAAUGGGUCUGCUCUAGCCCCAGUUCCAUUGGAAGGUUAAAAACUGGAGUUCUGCUUCCUUGAUUCAGUGGCUAAGUCCUUUAUUUAUUGAAUUUCUUUGGGGGAAUCUAUGUUUUACAUGAAUAGAAUCCAAAUCGUAUGAACAGUUAUUUAAAUAAACAAAACUCUUUGGGUCUGACAGUAGCAGAAGCCUCAGCACUGGGAAGAGUUGCCCACGUUGGGGUAUGCCUGGGUGGCGGGCACCUCUCAUCUCACAGCGCAGUCCUCCCAUCUGAGCACAGGGUCUGUCCUUAGACAUAGUGGUGACCCUCCACAAGCUCUGUGGCUUUUAAAGUUUUGACAGGGACAAAUACAGUAAGCUCUACAAAUGACAUCAUAGCUGCAUAUAAAUAAACCCAGUGACAAUUAAAGGAACAUGAAAUUCAGAACACACUAUUAAGCAGGGCCCUGUAGCUCUACUCGUGUGUGUGUGCGUGUGUGUGUGUGUGUGUGUAGACAAAUAUGGAUAUUGCUGUAUCCAUCUAUAUAUAACAAGUAUAUAUCAAACAUGUGCUGAGGGUGACAGGAUAUGCUCACUUAAAUUGUUGAAAACCAUAAUUCGGUGCAUUAAAAUUAAGAUUGUUAUGUUGAAUAGCUAUUUUAAAAAUAGUGCUGCAAAAAAAAAAAAAAGGCUUCUUAUUAGCAAAAGUAUAUGUAAUCCAGUCUGUUCCCAUGACAAGUGUAAGCAAAAAUGUGAGAAGGGGAACAUUCGGAAGCAAAAGAACUAGUCUAGCUGUCCGACACGUCAUGUCAUACACUGUCUUUCUGGUGAGUGUUUCCUUGUUGUUGACAAUGUUACUCCCUUUGGCCAUCCACCUGAGCUAUGUGAGGUUUCCGUGUGAAUACUGAUCAGCUUCCAUUUAACCUUGAGAGAAAAGAGAGGUUCUAAAUGAAAAACUCUUUAGGAAAGAAAUAAUACACCUAAAAAGAACUCAGCUAUUUUGCAAUAAAGAGAAGAACAAAAUGGGCACAGGAUUGUGGAUACCAAUAUUUAAAAUGUCAUAGAUGCUGUUCUCAGAAAACCACUGGGGGCCUAUUAUUUACUGUGUAACCAGAACUUGCAGGGCUUUAUUUUUUCUUUUACUGGACACAGGUUGUCUGAGAUUAUAAGAAAUAAAAUGGAUCAAAUAUAAUUUUCAUCAUCCCUGACACUGAUUACAAACCUUACAGUGUUUAAAGGGAGGUAGUGAUUUCCACGGAAACUGAAAGAGUUUGGCUAAUUCAGGUCAACAAAGAUAUAUUUGCCCUUAAUUUUGGAGUUAACUCAAGUAAAAAUAAAAAUUAUCCUGCCUGAAUCAUCUGAUGCUUUGUGCCUAAGAUGGUUAUCUCUCAAAUACUCUAGGGCGGGUUUAAAGAACAGUGAACUCAGGUCACGCAAGAUGAAAACCCAGCUUUUUUUUUUUUUUUUUUUUUCUUAAUAGGAAAAAUUUUUAAACUAUCCAAAUUAGUCUGUUGAAAGGGUGCCUUUUUUGCUGAUCUCUGAUGAGUGGUCUUUUCAUCCCUAUCCAUAGCUUGACUGCAAACUGACAAUUCAUUUCAGUGAAUUACUACCAAAUAAAAGUGGUUCCGGAUCCCUCCUAGAUAAAUGUGCACUUACAGCAACUACCUACGCUCUCCAAAUCACUCCACUAGGUAUGAAAACCCCAUCAAGAUACUAAUCAUAAGAGUUAAUGUGGCUGCAAAAAAUAAUUAUCCUAAGCUUUCAGGGAUAAAAAGAAAAUUACCCAAGUUCUCUGCACUGUGAGUUUUGCUGACACAGCAGAGGAGCAGAUGACUGGUUCCUACAACUGUACAGCCUUCCUUGAAAUCACAGCUUUUGGGGUUAAACACUUGUGAAUUUCUUUUGCACAUGGUAUUUGCUUUUGAAAUGUCUUUAGUCAAAUACACCAGAGCAACUCCCAGCUGAGAACAUUUGAGCACAGUUCCUAGUGGGGCCACAUUCAGAGCGAGCCUCUCGCCGGCUCACUCAGUUGAGCUGUUGCUUAGACACCACAAGUUUCUACACGGGACUUAUGGGGAACGGCCCUCAGGGGUCCUGGUUCACAUCUCAGCUUUAUUCAUGUGCUGGAAGCACAAACAGCGAGUCCAGGGAGGGAUUCUGCUAAUUAGAAGAGUCUGCUCUUGCAUCUGUUUCUUAGGGGACAAAUACCUGCAUGUAAUUGCUUUCAAGAACUCCAUUUGAUUCUGAUCAUUACCAAUGACUAUAACUGAAGGAGCACCAAAGAUCAGGCAUAACCUUGGUCCAGUUCAUUCUGAAAAUGAUGUCGUAAAAAAAGAGGGUGUGAGAGAAAUCUGCUUUGCAAGUUUUUAACCAGAUCUCAUCACAAUGAGAGUAAUGCUGUAAUCUAUCUCAUGGCACAUUCUUGGAGCUUAAUUCUAGCAUACUCCUCCAAGUACACUCACACUUGUAGCUGAGUCAAGACUGCUAAAUGAACAGAUAGGAGAACUUAUAUUAUCCUAAUAUACUUGACAUGAAGCAGUGUUCAUUGUAAUAAAAAUGACAAACAGAUAAAUCUUCUACCAAAACCAAAGAUGGAAAGUCACUGUAUCAGUCUCCUGGAACUUCAUAAAAUCAAUUUCACUGGAGCAACCAGAAGGGUCAUGGAUAUGUACACCACUCGCUUGAGCUCAUAGGUUUUUGACUGGGGAUGCCUCUACACUUUGUAAGUCAUUUCUCCCUUCAAAAGUUGUAUGAUAUCUUUAAUAUAUGUGUCUUUUUCAAUGUGAGGGAGGAAUUACUAUGAACCAAAGAUACCUUUUGGCUCCUUCUGAAAGUGACUCAGUUUGAAUUCCAUUCAGAUUUGUACAGAUAAAUAGAUGGUCACCAUUUCUGCAUCAGGUUGGAAGAGACCAAUGUUAAAGGAACCUAGUGUAAGGAAUAGCAGUUGUGAAAACAGACAAAGCCUAGAGGAGGUAUCCAUUUCACUGAAAGAUUACAUGAGGGGACUUAUUUUUUAUGUUCCCAAUUUUUUCUUCUGAUAAUAUGAAUUAAUGUACACAUGAUUGACACAUGACAUUACACUUAAAAUGCAGGAAAGUACAAAACAACUUUGAUCCAAUAGUUUCCCAUUCUGGGGGGUGGGGGCAGAGGUGGAAAAGCAAACACAUCUUUCACUUAUGUAUUGAACAAACAAGCACUCAGAACUAAUUUAUUUAUGCAAGUAGCAAAUAUGUAUGAAUCAAUAGGUUCUGGCCACUGCCACAAUUUGAAAUCAAUAAAAUAAGAAAUAUAUAUUUAUAGUUGAGGGAAGAUGCUGUUUGAUAGAGCAUGUGAAAUCGAUGGAAACAUGUUUAUAAAACAUAAACCUCACCUUUUUCACCAAAUAGAACCUAGAGAACUAGUCCUAGUAUCUUGCACAAUUCUUCUCUGUCUUCAUUGGGAAAUUAGGUUUGAAAAUCUUUCAUCACCUAUAAAAGGGUGAACCUCUUACACCGUCUAUUCAGUAUAGAAACAGUGGACUGAUAAAUAACUUUACAUUGUUAGUAGUAGUUUCUACAGAUCCAGUUUAUUGCAUGUCAUAUCUUUAUUGUAGAUAUUAAAAACACAUCAUAAAAAUUGAUGUGUGUCCCUCCUAGUUUGGCCAGUAUCUCAGAAAACUUUGUUAAAAAAAAAAAGCAUGGGGACUCUACUCCC